AAGACCGUGCUGUCCCUGCCGCAGUACCCAGGGGAGUUCCUGCACCCCGUGGUAUAUGCGUGCACCGCCGUCAUGCUGCUCUGCCUCCUCGCCUCCGCUGUCACAUACAUUGUGCACCAGAGUGCCAUCCGGAUCAGCCGGAAAGGCCGCCACAUGCUGCUGAAUUUUUGCUUCCAUGCGGCUCUGACCUUCACGGUGUUUGCAGGCGGCAUCAACCGCACCCAGUACCCCAUCCUAUGCCAGGCGGUGGGCAUUGCACUGCACUACUCCACGCUUGCCACCAUGCUGUGGAUUGGAGUGACUGCCAGGAACAUCUACCAGCAGGUGACAAAGAAGGCCCCGCCAUGCACGAACGGAGACCAGCCUCGGCUCCCUAGGCAGCGGCUGCUCAGGUUCUAUCUCGUCAGCGGAGGGGUUCCGUUCAUCAUCUGUGGCGUCACAGCUGCCACAAACAUCAGGAAUUACGGGACAGAGGACGAGGAUACUGCAUACUGCUGGAUGGCCUGGGAACCCAGCCUGGGCGCCUUCUAUGGGCCGGCCGCCUUCAUUGCCCUGGUCACCUGCGUGUACCUGCUUGGCACUUAUGUGCAGCUCCGGCGCCACCCAGAGCGCAGGUAUGAGCUGCGGGCGCGGACGGAGGAGACUCAGCGGCUGGCGGGGCCUGAGGGCGGCCUGAGGGUGGCGCGGCCCUGCUCUCCGCCAGCCCGCGACGUCCCCGCCGCCUCGCUGCUGCAGAAUGAGCACUCGCUGCAGGCCCAGCUGCGGGCCGCCGCCUUCACGCUGUUCCUGUUCGCUGCCACCUGGGCCUUUGGAGCGCUAGCCGUGUCCCAGGGCCACUUCCUGGACAUGGUCUUCAGCUGCCUGUAUGGUGCCUUCUGCGUGACACUGGGGCUCUUCGUGCUCAUCCACCACUGUGCCAAGCGGGAGGAUGUGUGGCGAUGCUGGUGGGCCUGCUGCCCCUCCCGCACCGACGGCCCUGCCGCAGAGCCAGGGACUCGCGCAGCGCUCCACGCCAACGGGGAUGCGCCAUGCCUCGGCCAGCUGCGGGGCUUCAGCCACACGCCUGGCCACUGCAAGAUGACCAAUCUGCAGGCCGCCCAGGGCCACGUCAGCUGCCUGUCGCCAGCCACCCCGUGCUGCGCCCAGAUGCACUGCGAGCAGUUGAUGGAGGAGGAGGCCCACUCACACCUCCAUGAGGAGGAUGCCUUCAGGCACGACCCCCAUCUGCACAGGUGCCUUAAGGGCAGAACUAAGCCACACUACUUCAGCCGGCCCCGGACGUCCACCGAGCUGGAGUACGCCUAUCACAUCCCUUCCAGCCUGGACGGCAGCCCCCACAGCUCACGCACAGACAGCCCCUCCAGCUCGCUGGAGGUCCCAGCGGGGGCUCACGCGCUGGCCUGCUGUGCCCAGGGUGACCCUUUCCCCCUGGUCAGCCAGCCAGAGAGUGACAGCGCUGUCCUCUAUGGCUGCCCCUCAAGGCUGGGCAGGGAGGCAGCCCUUGGCCCUGGCCACUUAGAGAUGCUCCGGAGGACACAGUCUCUGCCCUUCGGGAGUCCUGGCCAGAAUGGGCUGCUCCAGGGGGACCUGCAAGAAUGCCUGCCAUUCGGCACCGACCGGACGGGCAACAUCCGAACGGGGCCCUGGAAAAACGAAACUACAGUGUAG